AUGGGUUCUUCUACUAUUCAAUUUCUUCUUCUUCUGUUCGUCUCUUUUUCUAUAUCGGAUGCUCAGCUGCUGCCUCCAUCAACUAUUCCUAAACGUGCUGGAAUAAUCUUCGAUCUUGAGAGAGAUCCAUCAACUCUCCAAUAUAUGAUCAAAAUCAAGCAAGGAACUCCACAAUCUGAAGUAAAACUAGUAGUCGAUCUGGGUGGGAACUUACCCUGGCUAAGUUGUCAUAAAGGACACAACUCAUCAUCAUACCAUCCGGUGAGUUGCUCGUCACCCCAAUGCGUUCUAGCUAACAAACCAACCAGUACACUUGAAUUAUGUAACGGUACUGCUAAUAAUGCAUGCAGCGUUUACAUAAUUAACCCAGUAACUCUGUCUCAUCGCAAAGGUGAGCUCAUUUCAGAUCUUGUUACUGUUGCUUCUAAUCCUGACAGCCAGGAUACACCAGUUUCUUCCCCUCGCCGGUGUGCAUUCGGUUGUGCAACAACUGGUAGUAUCUUAAAUGGGCUUGCAAAAACUUCUAAAGGAGUGGCUGGUCUUGGACGUUCGUCAGCUCUUUCUCUAGUUCCACAACUUGCAGUUGCAUUUCGGUUCUCCCGGAUAUUUGCUCUGGAUUUACACGAUAUCAAUACCGAUGUAAAGUCAGGUGAAACAGGAGGUAAGAUUUAUUUUGGGGGUGGACCUUACAUUCAUUAUUUAUUUGGCUUUGAUGAUUUGAAGGAUAGAGAUUUAACUUACACACCGCUCCUGAUCAACCCAAAAAGUAAGGAGGAAUAUUUCAUUGAUGUGAAAUCGAUCAAGGUACACGGUAUAACUGUACCAAUAAACAAAAAGUUAUUAUCCAUCAACAAGAAAACCGGAAUCGGAGGAACGAAGAUCGACACCCGCAUUCCUUAUACUAGCAUGGAAACAUCGAUCUACAAGGCAUUUACUAAGGCGUAUAUUGAAUGGGCUGAAAGCUUUAACAAUGCCAAUGCUGAAUUGAAUGACUUCCUCAACAUUACUCGGGUUACUCCGGUUGCGCCUUUUACUACAUGUUUUAACUCUUCCACGGUGCCUCUAGUCAGAAUGUUUCAAAAUAAUGAUCCACCAGGUGUAGCUUUCAUCUUUCCUAAAAGUGUAUGGAACAUCUCUUUGUUUGAUAUGGUGAGAGUUAAUGAUGGUGUCGACUGUGUGGGAUUUGUUGACGGAGGUUCAAAGCCUAAGACUUCCAUUGUUAUUGGUGCACGUCAGAUAGGCUUCCUAGAGUUCGAUAUUUCAAGAUCAAGAUUGGGGUUCCAGCAGCCAAAUCUUAGAGAAUUUUAA